CCCAUCUCCUCAAAAGGGAUCGCUGGAUCAGCUUCCCGUCGCAAACCAUGGAGGAACUCCAGCUCCACCCGGGCGGCGGGGGCGGUGGGAAGGACCGCAUCAGCGACCUCCCCGACGAGGUCCUCCUCAACGUCCUCUCCGGGCUCGGAUCGACCGCCGAAGCCGCGCGCACGAGCGCCCUCGCCCGCCGGUGGCGGCGCGCGCGCCCCCUCUGGACCGAGCUCCACGUCUUGGUCUUCCGCGGUCUCGACCCCGGCAUGGUCCGUGGCCUGCUCGCCAGGGCCAGCCACCGCCAGCUCGCUCGCCUCGAGAUCCGCGUCCCCGGGCAGGCCGUCGGGAUCGCCGCCGCUCAGGUCACCUCACUGCUCCGUGCCGCCGAGGAGCACCAGCCGGAGGAGCUCAUAUUCGAGGUGGGCGGCGUCGGAGCUGGCGCCGACGACCCCUUCGAGCUGCCAUGCUUCGCCCGCGCCACCUCCGUCGACCUGCAGAUCUGGAAUCGCAGCUUCACCCUGCCGCCGGCCGGGGAGUUCUCCAACCUCAGGAUGCUGACCCUAUCGCUCUGCACCGUGAGCCCCAACGACUUCCUCUCCCGCUGCCCGCAGCUGCAGGUGCUCCACAUGGGCUGCUACUGGGUGUUCGACUUCGUCACCGUCAGCUCGGCGUCGCUCCAGGAGCUCAUCCUCAGGGCGGAUGUGCCCGUUCCCGUCGAUGAUCCGAACAACACGCCGCAGCAGCUUGUCAUCGUUGAAGCCCCCGCGCUUGAGAAAUUCAGGCUGCAAUCGUAUGGGCUCAGGGGCGUGAUCACCUCCUUCUCGGCGCCCAUGGUGGACACGCUCUCGUUCACCUUCUGCUCCAAAGCAUCUCGUUGUAUCGGGUUCAGCUGGCCGUGGCGCUGGCGCGUGCUGAGCUUGUCCACUGCCAUGGGCUGGGUCACCAGAUACGGGGAGGCCGAUGCUGUCCGCCGCCGCGUCCUGUCCAUGGUGAUCAUCGACAACGAUGAUGGUCGUUGUGAUGCAGUCCGGAGCUUUGCAGAAGAAAUAGUACGCCUUCCAGUGAACAACUUCUCAGUUUUGAAGCUGGAACUCCGAACGAACGAUGGGCAUGCUUUUGGAACAGAUGUCCUUCAGCUGCUCAAGACUCUGAAUACUGAGCGAGGUUAUUGGUCGAAGAAACGUGAAAUCAAGAGCAAUGAAGGUAUCUCCUUGAUUAAUCUUGAAGAGGCGGAGAUCGAAGGCUUGAACUGGUCCUGCAUCCUGCUUGUUCCUACUGAAUGGAUCGGAAUUGACACCCUGCUGUAA